AUGGAAGAAGAUAAAUACAGACCGCCCAGAAUACACCAGCAUCACGGGACUACCUCUCCAACUACCUCUGCUCCUACUGUGAACCCCAAAUUCAAGGAACUUCUUCAACUGAUUGAAUGGCCGGCACCUCCGUCCACUGAGAAGCAUUUCAAGUUUUCAACCAGUCCCAGGAAGUCUGAAUACCACCUGUGGAAUCCCCGAGACACUUACAGAGUUGGAGAGACAGUGCAAGUGGUCAUCACAGCUCGAGAUCACAAUGGUCACCUGAAAGGGUACGGGGGAGACUUCUUCAGGGUCAAGUUGCACAACCCAGCUUUGAAGGCUGGAGUCGCAGGACAAGUGAAGGACUACAACAAUGGCAGCUACCUGGCCACCUUCCUGCUCCCAUGGCCAGGAGAAGCCCAGAUCCACAUCACACUCGUCCACUCUAGCGAGGCUGUGGAUAUUUUGAAGACGAAAAGGGAGAAUUAUCCAGAAAAGUUGUAUUUUAAUGGGUAUUUUAACUUUAAUGGGAGCAGCGAGGUGGUGGAGUGCAACCUGGAGAUAAAAGGAAAGGACGUGUGCAAGUACCAAGACCCAAUUAGUGGUAACACAUGGCAGUGUGUGAGGCCAAAAAACCUCCCCUGUCACUCCUGGACCCAUCACUCAAUAGGUGGAUUGCGAAAAGUGACCAACGCCCUGGAAGACUCUCUUCUAAGUGGCCCCUGCACAGCAGGGAUGGAGUCCAAGAGGAAGAACCAGCAGAAGAAACCAUUCAGUUUGAGGCGCAUGCUGGUAGAAGGAAGGACAAAGCAGAGUGAGAGAGAGGUGAUCCAAGGGUCAGUUCCUCCAAUCAAGGUGAUGGCAGAUAACAGUUCACUGGGAGAGUUACCAAGUCCCUGCCACGUUCCAGGCUUCACUCUCAGCUUCCCCUUCCAGCAGAGUCUGUCUCCCUGCCACUCCUUCCCGGAAACAGCUUCCCCCGUCACUGGCCUCACCUCCAACCUCCCACCCUGUAGGCCUGGCCUGGAAUCUCCAAGACCAACUGGAUUUUAUUAUAUGAACACCUGGAUCAGCUUGACAUGCUCAGUAAUACAUUUCUCUCUUCCGGCUCAAGCCUUGGCAUGCCUUAAAGGGAAAGACAUCCACAUGUUCGGAGACUCCACACUGCGCCAGUGGUUCGAGUACCUGGAAAAGUUCAUCCCAAGUCUGAAAAGGAUUGACUUACAUGUAACAUACCUGCCAGGUCCUCUGUUGGCGGUGGAACCCAAUGCUGGUUUGGCCUUACGAUAUCGCGCUCAUGGACUUCCCCUGAAGACCGGAAAGACCAUGGUGGCCGACCUGCACUAUGAAGCAGCCAGCCUGGCUGGGAUUGGUGGAGGACCUCAGACUAUAAUUGUGAUAACUCUAUGGGCUCAUUUCACUACUUACCCUGUGAUGGUCUACCUGGAACGGUUGGAAAGAGUUCGUCAGGCAGUUGAAUCUCUGCUUUUCCGUAGCCCUCAGACCACCGUUAUUGUAAAAUCUGCUAAUACCGGUAGUAGGACAGUAGACAUUAGUGACUGGUUGUCCCUUCAGCUGGACAUUUUAUUGAGGGCAGUCUUCAAGGGAAUGGCAGUCUCUAUAAUAGAUGUUUGGGAUAUGACGUCCUGUCACUACCUUCCUAAUGAUAUCCACCCAGGUCAAGAAGUCAUUAAGAAUGAGGUGGACCUUCUGUUGUCUUAUAUAUGUUCACAAUAA